UAGCUUUGCUUGAUUAGUAGGGUCCUGGCAUUUGGGGUAUAAGUUCUUUGCAGUGCUGCUUCAUGUGUAGGAAAUUUGUUAGUAUUCUUGGCUUAAAGUAUAUUAGCUUCUCUAUUGUCAUCUCCAUUUGCAAUUGAAACAUGGGUAGUGUCUUCUUUCAAUCAGUUGUCAGCUUUAGCUUUUCCUCCUGAAAAUACAUAAGCAUUCUAUUUUGUUAGUCUAGUAUUAUUUGCUAAGAUCUGGCCGUGUGCUUCAUGUCUGAGUCCUCUAAGUUGCUAAAUCUAUUAACGGAUUGAAUAUAGGCUGAUAUUAAUGUGGGCAUGCAUAUGAAUUCUGCCCAAAUUGCCCUUUCUGUUUGCACAUGAUAGCGUUAUAUGUAUGUUAGAAAUAGGAAAUUGAAUUUCUUUGCGUUAUAUGUACGUUCAUUUCAAUUUGUGGUUUCGCCUAAACAAGAUUUUAGUUCUAUGGAAUAGUACUGGUUGGAUAAGUGUCAGUAUCUCACUUUUACUUCUUGAGUUUUCUAGUGAUUAUCUUUGAUCAAUUGUAAGUCAUCAUACUGCUUCUGUUGUUACUGAUCUGUUGUAGUUCUGAUUUGUGUCAGGUUUUACAUGUGCCAAUGAGAUUGGGACAUGGAGUUGGAAUUUGACAAAUAUUGCAUAGUGGAUGGAAGUCCAACAACUGUUCUUCCAUCUCCUCGGUGUCAUUCAAAAGUUGAAAAGAGGAAAUCAAAAGGUUAUCCAAGACAUGGAAAUGAUUUAUUGACCGUGAAUGAAGACUUCAGUGAGAUUAGCUUCCAUCGCUAUCGUAGUGUUUCCUGUAAUAACACUUCAUCCAGGACAACUCCUCUGGGAUAUGAUGAAGUGCGAAAGAGGGGCUCCGUAUAUCAAAGCUCCAAAGAAGUAAGGUUGAUGAGGAAAACUGCUGCUACAGAAGGCAGGAAAAAAAUCGAAUUCUCACAGAGCAGUGCAACUGCACUUUCAUUUGGAAUACUUGAUUCUUUGUGUGGUUCAGACGUGGAAAGCUCACAAGUGGAGCAGAAAAGAUCCUCAGUGAUGUCACAGAACUCAGACUUCAGUACAGCAGCAAUUUGCAAGUCUGGUGCAGAUUUGCAGUCUGAUGAUUUCUUAGAUCUCUGCCUCAAUCCUGUAUCAAUCAAAGAGAGGCAGUCCGUGCACGACCCUAAAUUCAAAUCUAAACCAGUAGUUGUUCCUGUCAGUGAUGGUAACAGCCUACAUGAAAGAGAUCCAGGUUUUUCUUUACACAAAUCUUUAUCAGCCAAAUUAGCACUUCCACAUUCUCCUGCUCGAUCAGAGAGUGAUUCCUCCAGAACCAGUAGUCCAAUGACCAGGUUUGGUCCUGUCAGAAAGGUGUUUGAUCCAUUUGUGAAAUCCAAGUCGCAAAGGAGUCCUCUUAGUGCUUCAGGUGAAACAAUUAGUAGAAACCCAACUGGGCUUGUUAGUAUCAGCCGAAGCAAGACAUCUCGCAAGUCUCUGCUUCAUGAUUUUUCAAACACUGGACAGCGCAUGGAAUUUCAGUCUUGGUCAAUGAAGGACAAUAAUAAUCAAGUUGUCCAGAGCACAGCAGCUCACCUUCAGGGCAUUCUCAAGGUGAAUAAGAAACACGAGUGUCCAAUUUUUGAGUUCUCAACAAAGUUUCCUGAAGACUUUUUUGUUGCCAGGACAUGGAAAGUGGGUAAUGCCUUAAAUUGGAUUUAUACUUUUCAUUCAGUUAAUGAAAGAAGGAAAAGUAAUGCUAGUGGACGUGGUUCCAAAGAAAGCCACAGAGUAUCUUCCAUGGUAGGACAGAUGCAGGUGUCCUGUUAUUUAUCUGCUGAGUUAAAGGAAGCUGGAGCUUUUGAUAACUCUAUGAUGACAGAAUUUGUGUUGUACGAUAUGCUGCACCCAAGAAAGAGUGUUUCCUCGCAAGACAAUUGUUGCUUCAUUGAAGUUGCUGCAGCACCUAAGGCAUCAGAUGAAAAUUCCUUUGUAGGUAGUCAUAAUUUGGAUGCAGGCUCUAUCAAAACUAAGAUCAAAGGACAGGCAAAGCAUGGUUGUGAUUCUGGUCAUGUUGAGUCAUCAAUGACUUACCCUCUGCCAGCUGCAGAAUUGCAUCCACACCUUCAAAUAGGAGCUAUUGUUGUGCAAGUUCCUUAUGAAAAGAGAGAGAGUUUGAAAUUUAAAAGCAGUGACAAGAAAAUGGAUCUACCACUGUUGAACUUUCUUGAUCACUCCGGUGGUGAACAUGAGAAGGAACUUGUUCCUGAUUCUGUGAGUCCAGUAAAGAUGAAUGUCGUAAUCCCUUCCGGUAAUCAUAGUCUGCCAACUUCUGAAAGUCACGGCCCUUCACCUUUGAUGGAUAGAUGGAGAUUAGGUGGAGGUUGUGAUUGUGGUGGUUGGGACAUGGCAUGCCCCCUGCACAUAUUUAGCAAUCUUCGUAUCCGGAUGGCUGACAGUCAUCUCCUUAUGGAUAAUCGGCAGCCACUGAAGCUUUUUUUCCAGGGAAAGAAAGAUACUACUCCAGCACUGACGAUGGCAGUGAUGCAAGAUGGACAGUAUGCAGUUGAUUUCCAUGCGCAACUAUCCACAUUACAAGCAUUUUCGAUAUGCGUUGCUGUGUUGCAUAUCAUGGAAUCCUCUGUUAGUUCAAGACAAGAAGAAAACACGCAAUUACUGCAAAGCAAUUCUUUGAGAGUGUUCAUUGAGGAGGAAGUUAAAAAUCUCAUUGAUGCAGUCACAGAAGAAGACAAAUGUAAGGGCAACAAAAAGGUGGCCGAAGUCUUGCCAUCUUUUAUAGUCAAUCCACCCUUUUCUCCAAUUGCUCGAGUAUAGGCUUGAUUGUAUGCAAUAAAAAAUUGGAAGCAGUGAGACACAAAUGUUGUGCAGCUGGAAAUAAGUUUGAAGCUGCUAGAUGCACUGGGAUUAUUGGAUUCUUGAAAACAAAAUCAACAUAUGCUUGAUGAUGUUAAAAUGAAGAUGCAGACAAUCCCAGAUUUUGUUUUCGUGCCUCGACAGAGCAACAGUCAAAAAAGUGGGUUACUGGAUUGGAACUGGUCAACCUUCCUCUUGUAUUCUUGAUUUGUUUUUCUCACUUUAGGGAUCGAUUCAUAGAGUAAAGACCACACUGUUUAUAAUGUUAGAUAUUAGCAACGGAAUAGUCAUCAUUCAAUUGUUGAGAGCUAGCUCUUCAUUUUUGUAAUUUAUGAUUAUCUUAGGUCUUAGGGAGAGUAUCCUGGAGUUGUUUAUUAAGAUUCACUCUUUAAUCACAGAGGCAAGUGGCACUCGUACUUCCAGAACUCUGUAACUAUACAAUAAGGGAAAGUGACUUGCUCAUCAAUACUUCUUUCUUUA